AUGGGGGCUUGGUUUCAGGGGUUGUGGUGCAGGUUGCCACUCCUCCUGCAUUUGAGUCCUCGAAUUCCUGCAGAUCAGCAAGCAGAACUGCGUGUGUUGGUGUCCUCAAAACCGCAGUAUGCAUGCUUCGCUGAAUCGGAGGAGAAGGCACUUCUUGUUCUUCCAGACUUCCAGCAGGAGGAGCUUGCAGCGUUGGAGAAGCGGAAAAGAAGGGUGGUGGGGCUGCCGUUUGUGCUCCGCUUUUUGCAAGACCCUGGAUUACUGAGCAAGGUUCCUGCAUUGCCACUCUACGACCUGAUCUACAGAUGCCCUGGAGCUCUAUGCUUUUCUGCCAUGGAGCCAUGGCAGCGAACACGGAGUCAGACCUUGGCCAAAUGGAUGGGUGCUCGUUGCGCGCAAGAUGUGGCAUCGGGCACAGAGCUGCUGGUGGCUGCUCGCGUCAGCAUCCACCCAGACUCCAAGUACCAGGAAGCUCUGGCACGGCGGAUUCCAAUUGUGAAGCCGAGUUAUCUUGAAGCUGUUUGGGAAACCAAGCGGCUGGUGGACGUUCAGUUGCACCAUUUGCUGCCUUUGGCUGGACUGGCAAUUUGCUUUGACGCAGACUGCUGUGGAGAUUCCCAGGGUCCCACAACUCUCAAAGAUGGAGCUGUUGCAACGGGAGGACAAAUCGUGCCCUUUGACAAGGCGGAGGUUGUGAUUGUGGCCGACACAUCUCGAUCACUGUACAAGGAAGCCCGGAAACGAGGGCAACAAGUGGCUCCUCCAAAGUGGCUGGAGCGCUGCCUGCAGAUUCGAUGUGCGCUACAGAUCUCUGGAGACCUGGAGGUCUGUGAAGACGAACAUGUUGAGUGCCACAACCAGGCGCCGUCUCUGGAAGCUCACCUGCCAGCAUGGAGUCGAAUUGCACAACGCAGCCGCGAGGCGGCCCGUGCCUGGGCUUGGCGCUGUGGAGCCUGGACCACGCUGGAUCCGUUGGAUCCUGCCAUCACUCACGUGCUCUUCAAUGUGCUUCUUGACGCAGCUGUUGUUGUUUCUGUGCCGACAGACAAGGAGAUCUAUUUUCUGGAUGUGUCUUGGCUGGAAGCCUGUGCCUCUGGCAACAAAGCUUUGGAGACGGAUUUCCCGAGGCAACAGGUCUCUUACAAUCCUACUUGUGACACGAUCUACAGCACAGCGAUGGGCAACGUGCGAGAGAUUUCUCGUGGUCUGAGGAGAGUACGCAGCACUGGUGCAGAAGACGUUGCAGACCCAUCGCUGACAGCAGCUCUUGCAGGGCGCCCGCUGUCGCGGGCAUUAUCGGAUCCACCACCUGUGGUACCUGCACCCGUGGCAGACAUGGAGCCGCAUAUUUCUCCGCCUUUGUCGGAGGGCAUCUUCACGGGCCUGGUUUUGGGGAUGGCUGGUUGGCCGCAUGACAUGGAAGCGCAGAUUGUGGAGCAGAUUUGCACAAACGGCGGCUCUGCCGCACAUGGAAUCGGGAGCAAUAUCAAUGCUUUGAUGACUGGCAAGCCCAACAUGUGCCUCUGCUGGGGAAAUGGGCCCCCAGUAUUUGCUACGCCGGCCCAAGUGCCACUUGUAACAGUACAGUGGUUGCAGGCGUGCAUUGCGGAGCAGACACUGCAUCCCAGCUCGGCGUUUCCGCACUUUGAGCCCGGAAAGCAUCCAAUGCCUUUGUCAUCCAUGUCUAAGUUUGUUAUCCGAAUAACGGGACUGCAGCAAGACCGCAAGAGCAGUCGGGAGAGGUGGCGCCUUGAGGAGCUGGUGCAGGUCCUUGGUGCAGCAGUUGCCCAGCAGAACACGCGUCGGUCCGAGUUGACCCACAUUGUGUGUGCAGAACCUUCACUCUUGCAAAGUUCAUUUGCAGAGCUUGCAGCGAAGCGUCAGAUUCCCCUUGUUUCCGUACAAUGGCUGCUCGACUCCUUUCGCCUUGGAAGUCUCCAGCCAGACGGGAAGUAUGGCAUCAGUGGCAUCAGUGGCAUCAGUGGCAUCAGCAGUUCCAGCGAUGUUUCUGCUUCUGCGACUGGAGGGCCGGUCGCAUGCUUCACAGCUGUGCUGGCCAAAUGUGAUAUCCUUUUGUCAAAGACGACACUGGCGAAUACCCCAGACCUGCAUAAGAUGGCCAAGGACCUCGCUGCAGCCUCUGUCGAAAUAUGGAAAACUGCAGAUGAGCUUCGCAAUUGUUUGCAAGCUCGGCGAGAGGGCCAAGCGAUCAUCGUGGUGGACAAGGAUGAGGCCCACAGAAAUGGACUGGAAUCUAUUGCUGCCAAUUUGUCCGAGCGGCAGAGCUUUGUACAACCCAGCUGGCUUUCAGAAACCUAUUCUCAGCGUCGCCGAUUGCCAGUGGAGUCCUUUGGUGUGUUUGUCACGGAAGAUGUGCAAGAACCGCGUCCAGCUCAAGGGGCUUCCUAUGCAUGGCAGCCAGCAGAGAUGAAGCGUUUGGAAGAGGUCUCCGAGCAAGCUCAUCAGGAAAAAGAAUCCAAGACCGGUGGCUCCAUCAAUUUGUUGAGCGCGAUCCAAGCCAGUGCAGAGCAGCAAGCUCGUCGCGACAAGGAAUCCAAGGCCGGUGGCUCCAUCAAUUUGUUGAGCGCGCUCAAAGCCGGUGCAGAACAAAAACUUGCAAAGUUGGGAUCCUGAAAAGCGAAGUUGGCCAGAGUGCCCAAAGCGGGCAGGGAAUCCGUGACAAGACUGUUCGGCGGAGUCUUCAUUCAAAGCAGAAUUCAGUGAUACUUCUGAUACUUUGACGAUCCUGUGCUGUUUGCACUUGAACAAAUCUUGAACAUGUUUCCAACGCAUCAGUCUCUGUGUUCAGCAGGCAGCUGAGUGAUCCGAGUGCAGAUAGGACCUGUGUGGUCCAGCAGCUUGUGAAAGCUUUAGGACAGUCUCAUGCAGAUGGGUUAGGUGUGACAAGAAGUGUCUGACUAUGUUUGAGAUAAACUUGAAUGACCAAUAGACUGGUGGAUGGGAACACACUGCGGGGUGGUGUCGGGGUCCCAGCAGCUUCUGACGAAACCAGAGCUGCAAUUCGAUAGCUGGAAGAUGUCCAUCACGGGCGGAUGGCAAAAGCAAA